UGCUGACUAAAAAACCUAUCCAAAUUCAAUGGAUCAAACAAAAGAUAGAGGCUGUUUAAGUGAAUGAAAUUAUCAUGGUAUCUGUGAGUCUGGAAAAAAAAAAAUUUUUUUCUGGAAUUUACUCUAAUAAUUUUCGGUUGCUUCUGUAGCGGCCGCCAUGGGAGAGGUUGAUCCAGCACUUGUUCAACUUGAGGAGCACAGAGCGAAACUCCAAACAAUUGAAGUAGAAGGAAUUCCGGUUAUCGAUCUGUCCGACACCGGGAAACUCAUAUCAGAGAUUAGAAAUGCAUGCAAGAACUGGGGAUUUUUCCAGGUGAUAAAUCAUGGGGUGCCGUCGGAGUUGCGCAGAAGGGUGGAAAGGGUGGUUAAGACAUUCUUCGAUUUGCCUAUAGAAGAAAAGAAGAAGGUACAGCGAGACGCAAUGCAUCCGAUGGGGUACCAUGACAGUGAGCACACCAAGAAUGUCAGAGACUGGAAAGAGGUUUUCGAUUUCUUCCUUCAAGAUCCGACGGUGGUCCCUGCCUCCCUUGAGCUUGGUGAUCAGGAAUUGAGAACUCUGACUAACCAGUGGCCGGAGUACCCUCUGGCGUUCAGGGAGGUCUGUGAGGAGUAUAUUCGAGAGAUGGAAAAACUUGCCUUCAAAUUGUUGGAACUUGUCACCCUCAGCUUAGGAUUGCCUGCGGACCGACUGAAGGGGCACUUCAAAGAGCAAACCAGUUUCCUGAGGUUCAAUCACUAUCCUCCUUGCCCUAACCCCGAGCUAGCACUUGGUGUUGGCCAACACAGGGAUGGUAGUGCCUUAACUGUCCUGGCUCAAGAUGAUGUUGGAGGAUUGCAAGUGAUGAAAGAUGGAGAGUGGAUUCCGGUGAGACCAGUACCAGAUUCCUUCAUCAUCAAUGUUGGCAGUAAUAUGCAGGUUUGGAGUAAUGAUGCAUUUGAAAGUGUGAAUCAUAGGGCGUUGGUGAACACAAAAAGGGAAAGGUUUUCUAUUCCUUUCUUUUUCCACCCUGCUCCGUCAGCCAUGAUUAAGCCUUUGGAGGAGCUAGUGAGUGAGCAGAACCCAGCCAAGUAUGCAGAAUUCAACUGGGGCAAGUUUUUUGUUGCUAGAAACAGGAGUGACUAUCAGAAGCAAGAUGUUGAAAACAUCCAAAUAGACCAUUUUAAGAAGUCUGAGUAACAAUGUUUGAGAGUCAAAAGUGAUGUUGUUCUAUCAAAUUGUAAUAAUAAGUUGCAAUAAGGAUUUGGAAGGCUGUUCGUCUGUUGAUUCUUUCCCUUAUUUCUCAAUCGUUUUCAUGGCAAGAUGUCUUGACCUAGCAAACAACUCUACCAUGUCUAUUGAGCCUAAAAUGCACUCACCAUGACAGAAUUGGUAUAAGUUAAAUGUGUGAGUUGAUACAAUCUAAAUGAUAUCCAUGAGUGGAUACAACCUAAAUGGGUUUAUGAGGAUUUGAGUAUGGGAUUUCAUAAGAACUUUGUCCUUACAUGGAAUAAUGAAUAAAACUUUCUUAAUUUU